GGCACCCACGAAUCCUCUCCCUGAUUCUGUGGAUUGGUCUGUCCUGGACAUUUCAUAGAAGUGGGAUCACAGUGUGCCCUUCUGUGUCUGGUGUCUCUCACUGAGCGUGACGUCCUCAAGGUGCAUCCGCACUGUGGCCUGGGUCAGAGCUUCGCACUUCCUUGUGGCUGAGUCUCGUUCCAGCGCGUGGGUGCGUGGGUGGCCGCGCCGUGCUGAUCCCCCCACCCUCACUGGGUGUUCGGUGUUCUCCGCCUCGGGCUGUCACAAAUCGUGCUGCUGUGAGGCACCGCGUGCAGGUCUCAUCCUGGGUGUAUUUUACAAACGGACUGGAUGUGAGUGGGUGAGGAGUGAGGAGCUGGGGUGACAGGUGCCUGCGACCCCGGCCAGGCACUGCCUCCUGCGAUCGAAGGUGCAGGGGGAGACAGAAGCCCCUCAAGGGAGUGUGGAGAUGGAGAAGCCAGACCCCAGGUGGGGGGUGCGUAGAGCUGGGGGCUCAGGGCCACGGACUCCACCUGGCAGUGGCCCUGGCCUUGCCCACCCACACUGUGUCACCCCCAGUUGUUAAAUACUCAGAACGACUCUCCAGCCCUCCCUUCCAGGCCACCUCACCCCACAGCUGGGAGGAGGGAGUGGUCAGCGUGGUUGCCGAGACACUGGGUGGCCUUUAUGCUGUCAACGGUGGCCUCAGAGGCCUUCUGGCAGGAGCCCGGGGGAUCCAGGCAGACAUGCAAACCCUCAGGCAAGAGGCUGCACGGCCCUGUAUCCCCUCGGGGACCCUCGAGGCCAGCUUCCCAGCACCGCUGUACAGCGAUGACUACCUGUCCCUGGAGGGUCCCCGCUGGCCACCAGCCAUCAGGCAGGCCACACGCUGGAAGUACACGCCCAUGGGACGGGACACAGCCGGCCAGCUGUGGUACACAGGCCUGACCAAUUCGGACGCCUGGGAAGCCUGGUACAGCCUGCCACGGGCCCCGGCCAGCCCCUUCCACGAGGCCUACAACCGUUGGCACAGCUGCUACCAACACCGUGAGUGCAGCAUGCCAUCGGCCUACACCCAGCACCUGCGGGAGACCGCCUGGCACGACCCCAUCGUCCCUGCCCAGUACCAGGCUCCCAGCACCCAGUGGGGGAGUGCGCUGUGGAAAGACAGGCCAAUCCGGGGCAAGGAAUACGUGAUCAACAGGAACCGGUACAGGGUGGAGCCACUGUGGAGGUCAUCAGACUACGUGCCCUCCCUGUCGGCACCCCAGCGCCCGCCCGGCACCGCCCAGAACUACCGGGAGUGGGUCCUGGAACCAUACUGCCCCUCCACCUGCCAGCGGUCCCCGCCUUCCCUCACACCCACUCCCCAAUAAAUGCAUGCUGCCA